UAUCUACACAUGAAGACUCCCAGCUUUAUUAGACUCAAAUGACGGUAUUUAAUCAACGUCAAGGCUAAGAAAAUGGUGAAUAGUGUUCUUUCAAGGGGUGAAAAGCAUAUAUCGACGGCCCUAAAGCUGUUUUGACCAUGGUAACUUGGAAUAAUCAUCGCACAUCUAAGAACGCAUUUAGACGCGAGGAAGCUGCCGCCUGCCAGACAGACUAGUGAUACAGAGGUCAGAGCUGCGAGUGGUGGUCUAUCGUAGCGUCCAGCCCAUGUAACCCCAUAAAAAAAGGCAGAUAAUUCACGCAAACCCAAGCGAAAGCCUCCCGGAUCAACGCCAAGAAGCUGUGGGUCAAGCUGAAGAGACCGUGGAAGAAGAAUUUAACCUCUUGGAAUAGAUCCCCGGGUUCCUUCCUCUGAUAGCGGGCACCCAUCCAGCCGACCCCCACUGGCUGGAGGUCACUUGUGUCAUCCUCCACAGGUCCAAAGUGGUAGUAUGAUCAUCCAGCAGCAAGAGUGCUCCGUGGUUGGUGACGUGUACAGGGCUAAGAGCGGCCUAGUGGUCCUGAGAAGCUUCCGAACUGUUGCCACCCUCCCGCAUUCAAAAAUAGCCUGUUGGAGAAGACAUUUCUAAGUGACUCGCCUAAGACUUGUGAUUGUUGCCCCCUCCCCCGCCCCCGCAGCACCAAAGCUAUUAUCUGGAAACUAACUCGUGACGGAAGAAAAUCAACCGCCAGUCCCCUUAACAGUGCUUAGUUAUCUAAGUGGACGCCAGAUUCAAGAGGAAAGGUGUGUCUUCUCAAGGACAUCCAGUUCUACCUGCUGGGGAAGGAAGGACACAGCCGCAGACAUGAAGCUUCUGCCGGAGUCGUCGGGCUUUGAGGCCAUCAACAGCGCCCUCAACAUAGUGACCGUGGACGCCAGCAUCAUGGGGCGACUGGAGAGCUACUCAUGCAAAAUGGUGGGCCAGGAGAAGGCACUCUACAAGAGGUUCCACAGCUUUUCAGGUCUGACUGACAUGCAGGCCCUGUCGCCUCCUCAGUCCAUAAUGGAGGCGUCUUCGCCCCACUCACUCACCAAGAGUUCACAAAGCAGUGGAGGUGAUGAGAGUCCUCUGGCAGACAAAAUCAACCGCAAGACUCUCUUUUACCUCAUCUCCACCAUGAACGCUGCUUUCUAUCCAGACUAUGACUUCAGCAAUGCUUCGUCUCAGGAGUUUUCCAGGGAGCCUUCCAUUGAGUGGGUGAUGCGCACAGUUCAGCGGCAAAUGAUGGCUGUGGCAAGAGCAGAAUUUAUGGCAGUGGAGUCUGAGCUUUGGGCUGCACUGGACAAUGCCAUUACUCUGCGCGAGUGUGAGAUUUACAGCUACAACCCUGAUCAGACAUCUGACCCUUACUCAGAAGAUGGAUGCCUUUGGUCUUUCAACUACUUCUUCUACAAUCCAAGACUCAAGCGCAUUGUGUUCUUUACCCUGCGCUCAGUGUCCCAGUACUGCUCCAAGCCUCUCGACGCAGACUUGAUCGAUGACAGCUACAUGGAUUUUGAGGAUGAUGAUUAGGGAUCAGACUGUUGGAUGUUGAUUUAUGGGUCUCUCGUCCUAUGGAUGAUCCUUUGACCUGACGUGAUUCUGUAAUCACGGUCUGUUAAACAGAAUGGAAUGAGUCAUAGAUUGUGUUAAUUUUAUCUUUUAAUCUUUCAGUAAUGUUUUGAAAGAUGCCCACAUAUUCUGCAGAUGGUCUUCAUAACAUGCAUUAAGUUUUCAUAACACAUUAUGGAGCAUAUUAUUUUUUGUGAAAAGAUUAUUUUAGAAAUAAUAAUAACAGGCCCGUCCAUAGGGGAGAAAGGGGUGUCACUGCCCCUGUUAUUAGGUUGCCCCCCAACUUAAAUUCUGACAUUAAUGAGAAUGUUGUUAAUGAUAUUAAGAUGGCUGACAUACCAUUUUUCAGCAUUAAGUUGUAAGGUAUGUAAAGGGUGGUAAAGUAAAGGAGAGUCUAAUUGGUAUGCCAACAACAGAUGAUUUUGAUGCAGAAAGCCUGGCCUCAUUAAUACUUAAAACACUAAAUGAGUGUAGACUAGAUUGCAGUAAUAUAUUAUUGCAAUAUUGUGAUGGAACAUCUGUGAUGUCAGGUCAAAAGGAAAUUACCUGCCCCCCUCAAUAUCUCAAUCGCCCCCCUUUGGUUAGACUUCUGUGGACGGGCCUGAGUAAUAAGUAUCUUUACAUAUUAAAUAUAUUAUUAUUUGCAAGAAAUAUUGUAUGGGAAAAAUGAAAAGGUAUUCAUAUAAUACUGUUUUGCCUUUUGGUUUCCAAGUAAUAAUAUUUACAUUGGUAACAUAAAACUAGGGUAAAUAAUCCCUUAGAAUGAUUUACCACAAGGCUAAUUACGAGUAUACUUGUUCUUUAAAAGAUCCCUUUGGUAGUAAAAGUGUCUUGAGUGUACCUUUAUAAGUGUGUGUAGGCUAAGGGAUAAAGUUAAAGUUAUGAAUCUUUACUGUUCUUGAUUGCCAUGCCAGAAGUGUAAAAUUGCCUUGCGAUUCUAAAUGACUGAGCUCAAAAAGCCUGGGGCAGUGUUUUCAUGGAGCAUUGGAGUUUGUAAUUGAAAGGAAUGGCCACUAGUCUCGCAGUUGAGCUGCUUGCAAGAGCAGCAUGUGCAACAUAGUUAUAGUAUCAUUAGUAUGAUGUGUUAUGUUCAUAAUGAGACAUUGAGUUCAUAAGAUGACUUCAAAAAAAUUCCUGUAUUGGAAGAUAUGUUAUUGGUUACAUUGUCACUGUUAUUACAUGCUAUUUUAUAUAAAUUUUUCUCUAGCACUUGUAUGUUUUGUUAAUUAGUAGUCAUAUUUGCAUAGUGUGCAUCUGUUGAGGUAAUAAUUAUUUUUUUACCAUGCAAUUUGUGUAGCCUGGAAUAACUGGGUAUUCUGAUGACUGUGUAAACACUUGUUCUCUUGAGUCUUGAAGCUCUCAUGGAGGUGACAAGUCAGCAGCAGCAGGACAGCCCCAUUUGCACCUCAACCAACCAUCUGCUGUAAACUCUGAUUGUGAGUGUAUUCCUUGAAUUAUUAGGAGGGGGAGGGUAAUCUGCACCUAAUGACAGAGCAAAUGACAAAGGUCCAGCACAGUGCGUGAGAUACAAGGGAGCAGCAUCAGACAUUAGAGACAGUAGUUGUUGCACACUUUGUUUUACUAUAUUGGGGAAUGUGACCUUAUUAUUUGUAAGUAAGAGUACUGUGUAUUCUUACUAUUUUAAUUCCUUUGUGUUAGGACAACCUGUAAGUGAGAUGCUUACUGCAUCAAUUAAGUUAAAAAUAGUAAAUCAGUCUGUCCAUGGAGACCAUCCUGUAGUACAUUAGGUAACACAAGCAGGCUGGAGUUGCAGAUUCCCUUCAGCAGUGUAUUCCUCUCAAGUAGCAGUUCUUGCUUCCCACUGAACUGUACCUUGAUGGUAAAGUGGCCAUCAUCUUGUUAGUGGAAGCAGCAUUUUCUGUAAGUGGAAAUAUUCUUUACAACAUUAGAGAAGCCAUAUUGAUGUAUAAAAUUGCAUUUAUUAUUAUAAGGAGAGACUUAGGGAUAGCCCAGACCUGCAAGGACAACACAAGAGUGCAUCCUGCUCAGUGAAAUAUUCAAAACUAACCACCUAACCAUCAAAGUUGCAACAAUGUAAGAGCUAUGAGUAACUUGGAGUAAUGUUGCCUCAAAUAUGUAAUUUCGUGUUUAAUACAGAUCACUCGAGAAUCAUUCAGUGAUGUUUUUCAGUUUGUGGUUCUCUGAACAAAUAAUUUGUUGCAUGUUUUCAUGUUAUUGCUCUGGUUUUUUAGUUUGUCAGGUCUGUACACACUAAUGUAUGAAAACACAAGUUGUUUAUAAUCCUGAGGCAAUACAAAAAAUGGAUAGAAUAGUUGUUACAUAUUCUCCCUUGUUGGAGUAAAGUUUUAUAGGAUUA